AUGCCCCCGAGACGCCUGGAGCCUGGCUAUCACGAUGGAGAAUCCGACUCUGACGUCGACAUCUUUGACGACUUUGGCGCAAGUGCGAAAAGCAAGGGCAAGGGCAAGGGCAAAGCCAUUGACCGGGGCAAGAAGGAAAAGGGAAAGGGAACGUCCAAGGAGCAACCAUAUGCAUGGGAGGCGUCAUACACGCGGUCAUGGGACACAGUCCAGGAAGACGAGGCGGGUAGCCUGCAGGGUGCCGUCGAAGACCUCAUAGCGAGGGGAAGGCGCAGGCGACUACUUGCGCCCGCUGCUGCUAUCCGCCGUACCAUCAUCCGACAUCUCAUUCUCCUCCUCGACCUAUCUUCAGCGAUGAUGGACCGUGACAUGCGGCCAACGCGGUUUGACCUGAUGCUCCAGUACGCAAGGGAGUUCGUCACAGAGUGGUUCGACCAGAACCCGCUCGGACAAAUCGGUGUGGUGGGUAUGCGAGCUGGUAUAGGAGAACGAUUGGGCGAGAUGACUGGCAACCCACAGGAGGUUUUGAAGGCCAUCAGCGAAAGACACAAGCUAGAGCCCACAGGCGAACCCAGUCUACAAAACGCGAUUGACAUGGCACGUUCCAGUACGAGUCACCUGCCGACCCACUCAUCCCGAGAGAUCCUCAUCAUUUUCGGCUCACUAACGACAUGCGACCCGGGGAACAUCCACGAGACACUCGCAGAGUGCGUGAAGGACCGAAUCCGCAUUUCCGUCGUCGCACUCGCCGCGGAGAUGAAGAUCUGCCGCGAGCUCUGUGACAAGACCGGCGGCCAGUUCGGCGUCGCGCUCAACGAGGGGCAUUUCAAAGACCUCCUCUUCGAGCUCAUCCCGCCGCCCGCGCAGCGUGCCACCGCACCUAAUGCCCGCGGCGGCGCGACCGCCCCCGCAGACCUGAUGAUGAUGGGCUUCCCCACGCGCCUGCCCGACACCUCGCCGCCGAGCCUGUGCGUCUGCCACUCGAAGCUGAAGAGCGAGGGCUUCCUGUGUCCGCGGUGCGGCGCGAAGGUGUGCGACGUGCCGACGGACUGCGACAUAUGCGGGCUCAUGAUCGUGAGCUCGCCGCACCUGGCGCGGAGCUAUCACCAUUUGUUCCCGGUGAAAACAUACCAGGCUGUCACGGACCUGGACGAUACACCGAAUCCAAGCUCAAGCUGCCAUGGUUGUGCCCGCCCGUUCAAAAAUGCGCCACAGCAGAUGGCCGGUUCGUCGGGCGAGGGGAUGAGUCCGCUUGGGCGGUAUCGAUGUCCCGACUGUCACAACGAUUUCUGCCCAGAGUGUGACGUCUUCGUACAUGAUGUUGUACAUUGUUGUCCUGGAUGCGGGAAGUAA